GACAACAAACGAAGCGGACGUUGCCUCCAUUUUGAUCAUUUGAAUUCAAAAGAAGAGUAAAAAGGGUAGGUCUCUACUCUCUACUUAGUAUUCUCCUCCUCUCCCGCCUCGUGAACCAGAAAAGAUCAAAAGAUUAGUAAAGAACUAAAGACAACCCGAUUGGUUACUUCCUUUUCCGCCGUCUAUAGCUCCGGCACUCUGUUGAGGUCCACUUGGAACUUCGGGAGCUUCUCUUUUGCAAAGUCCACCGAAACCCUAUCUUGAUAAAAUUAAGAUGGCAUCGCCAGUCCAGUUCUCCGUCGUUGACGACAAGGAUCUCGACGACGCAGCGCUUUGGGCUGUGAUCGAUUCCGCCGCCGCCUCUCAUUCGUCUUCUAAAUCUCGAAAAACCCUCGCCUUGAAGCAUACCAAUAUUCAGACUCCAAGUCCGGUUUCAAAUUCCUCUCCGGCACCCAAAUUCUCUCGACAUUCUAGGAGUCACUACAUGGUGGAAGAAGAUGUUAGGUUUUCAGCCGAUGGUGAGGUUCUACAGGAGCCAUGGGUUCAUCCGCGGCCGCAGAAAAUUGCAAGAUCCUGUGCUGCUUAUUCCGGUGAAGAGAAUAGGAUGGUCGUUGUGAAGCAUUUGCAGCGGACACCAACGACGCCGGUGUACUCAUCUCUAGAUGCCGGAAGGUUUUCUGUGCAAGAAAUUAGCCCUGUUUCGGAUGGUUCGCCGUUUGAUUCCAGGCAAAGUGGUGACACAGACAACAUGAGGCAUAGCUUGUCUGGCAGGUUUCCUUCUGUUUCUCUUUUCAAGGAAUACCAGAAUGCGGCAAUGGCGAUUUUAGAGAAAACUGAUUACACUAUCAUUUCUGGGAGUCCAUAUAUAAAGAAGUCAGGAUGGAGGAAGAUAUCAUUUUACUUCAACCUCUCAUAUGAAAUCAAGGAUAAAAGCAUUGAAUUUGAUGAAAAUCGGAAUGUUCAAAGGGCAGAAUUUGUUGUCCGCGCAUACAUGCAAGGUGGUAGGUUCUCAGAUGGUUGGGGCUCAUGUGAACGACGUGAGAAAAGAUUCUUAAAACCAAACCAUGACAUUCCCAGCACAGCAGAAACUAGAGCUAAAAAUAAAGCAUGUCAAGAUUUGCUAGGGAUUGGAGAGUACCGACCCUGUGCAAGCAGCGCUCAUCGAUGAAAUCUAAAUUCACCAAACCCAUAGAUAGCUCCUGCUUCAAUUUCCUUCACAGUCUAACCAACAACAAGCGGUCGUGUCACCCCUCAAAUGCGGUCUUCGUCCAAUUCUUUCGACUUCAAUUGUAGUUUAUACUUUGUAGAGAACUAUAAUAAGAUUGAGAGUCGAAAAAUUUUCAUUUCGGACUCUGGGAGUGUGCCCAAGCGGGUAUGUAUCAUCCCAAGCCGAAGCUAUUGUUUCUACCUUUUCUUCUGUUUUCUUUAUUCUUUUUUAAUUAAUUAAUUAAAAUUGGGUCUUAGAGGGAGACGGAGACGCUUAAAAUUGAGCCUGCUACAGGCUACAGCUUUGUCAGCCCUUUUAGUCCUCUUCACCGUUGGAUCAAAUAAAUGGACGGUAGGUGGCAGGGAAGAGCACCCAUCAUCGAUUCUGCCGGUGCCGGGGCCGGGGGUAGUACUCAAAUCAUUACGUCCGUCUUGGAUGUAUUAGAGGAUGAUUGCGUGUAGGGAAGCUUUGGGCUGGCGGGAAGCUGAAUCAGGGUGUCAGGUGGAUCAGUUGAGCUGCCGAGGAGACCGAGCUCGCUUGCUUUGUGGACCAAAAAGUGAGAGAAGUGCACUCAAGAUGGAAGGCCCCACCUCUCCUACGCGCGUUUUUCUUUUGUUGCCAUACAACAAAAGCAAAAAAGCAGCGCCACCGUUUCUUUUCCUUUAUUGGAUUCUCUCUUCUCUGGUAUGUAAGUGCAUACCCUCAAAUCCUCAUCAUGCAAACCCACGACGCUUUUGGUAAGUAAAAUUCCAUGCAAACCCAUGAAGCUUUUUAACCACACAAGGAGGAGAAACCAUCGUAACCCUCUGCUUUUUAUCCAUGUGCCUUUCGUAACCCUUGGUGGUUCUUUCUAACUUAUCUUCUUUUCAUGUCUUGUUGAGUCAUUAGUCAUGACCCUGGAUGUUUGGUAAUUGACAUGAAGUUCCCCAUUGUUUUAUGGCAUCGGAUCUGCUGCCAUCCAUCCCUCUCGCAAAAUUUAGCAUACCAAUCGAAGGUGAUGAGUGUUCUGACAAUUUUUGUUCUGGUAAUUGCACAACCAGUUAGCUUUCUCUCUCUCUCAUGGAGAAGGAAACACAAAUAAAUGGGUUAGGAACAAGCUUCAAAGUAUCGGAAACGCAAGGUGUAUUGGAAAGUAGUAGAAGUAUCCAUAUUGCCUUCCAAGUUCCACCUUCCCAGUUCGAGGCGGGUGCCUGAUGAGAAGCGUUGGUCCACAGAAUAUGGACACCUUCAGUCCACCUAAAAGCUGAAAGCUCAAAUAGGAGGAAGCUGCUUGUGCUCGUAUUCGUGGUUGCCCAGUUGGUGACGCCCCGGCAUUUGAGGUUCCUUUUUCCCGUUAUUCAAGGGACAUGGUUGGGUUGGGAUGAUGGGAUGGGAUCUAUUCACACUUCACAGUUUGAGUCAUGUCAAGAACAAGAAAGAUUGAUUGGGAGGGUAUUUUCGUAACUUAGGAUGAUUGCUGCUGCCUCAGCCUCACUCACUCCCUCGAAUCGAGUCGAGUCCUGCUGGCUAUAGGUUGAGUCCACUGGUAACUGUUUUUUUGUUGGUUAAAAGAGGAAAGUAUCCGGGGCCUGACACUAUCUCUUCCUCUGAGUCUGAGGUGACCUCACUGGGCCUCUCCUUAGUAAAUCACUCAGUACUUGAGAAGCUAUGGCUCAACAGGACGAUGGAUGGCCCCUGGGUUUGCAGCCACUAAAUAUGAGAGUCGGGCUGGUGAGAACUCGUGAUUUUUCUGGAUCAAUCUCCUUCAACACUUUGCUCACCGGUUCUCCAAGCUCCUCCACGGAUUCUUCAUCAGAUUUAGACACCGAGUCGACCGGGUCUUUUUUCCGUGAUAAGAGCAUUACACUUGGGAGUCUCAUCGGCGUAUCCAGUAUCCUAGAUUUCUCAGCAAGAUCAGUUAGAGGAAGAAGGGCGGAAGCCUUAAGAGUCAAGAAGAAUUAUCGACCCAAAAUUUGGUUAUUUUCAUUAUGUACUAAGGGUAAUGCCGGUGAUGUGGAUAGUGUAAACAAUGCACCAUCACUCCGGCAUUUUCUUGAGGUGGAGAGGAGAGCUGCCAGCGAUUACAGGAGGAAUCAGAGCAGUCCUGUGUUUUACGAAGCCGAAGAGUUUGACCGAGCUGGGAGUGCUUCUGAAUCAAACUCGUUAUUCAUUGACGGCCGGGUAGCCCCUCCUCAAUCAAGUCCCUGGGUUGCCUCAGACGUUGGAAGAAGAUCCGACAGAAGCUUGAAUCAUGGCAGUGGUCAUGGUGUUCCCGUACUGUUGUCGUGUAUGUGUGGACAAACUACCAACUGAUCAUGAUGGGGAGGCACCAUUUUCACUAUCUCACUGAAUAGUGAAUACUUCUUUAUCAAAUUUAUUGUGGGUUUUGAAUUUUAUAGUUUAGAAAAAGUGAAUAAAACCUCCAUCUCAUGGAAUCUCUUGGAAUGUGGACUGUGAACUCACUCUGGAGAGUGAGCUGGUAAUCUUUCUGUUUCUGAUUCCCUAAUCUGAUUGGUAUGUGUGUGUUUGGAAGAGGGGGGGCAAUCUCAAUUCUCAAGUAAAAGAAAUUCGUGUAGGGGGUAGGGGGCAUUACUUUUUCAAUUAUUCAAAUAUAUAAAAAAAUGUUGAGCAGUGUUGCAAAGUAAAGCACGCUUACCAUAACCAGUCGCAUCGCCCAUCACCCAUCACCCAUCACCCAUGUAAAGGAAAGUUUGGGUAACGAGAAAAAGAUUCUUGUGCUUGUCCUUUAUUUUCUUUUGCAUUUACAUGGAAGAUAGUCAGUUGUAUUA